AUGGCUCCCACCGGACCCUCGGAGUCCCGCACCUCCUCGCCCGCGGCCAACCCCCCGGCCACCAACCCCGUCGCCGCCGUGCUCCCCGGCAUGCGCCCUCCCGGCUGGCGUUGGCCCUGGCCCGCCGACGUCCCCGACCCCGAGCGGCCCAAGAGCUGCCUGAAGUCCGCCGGCGCGACGCGCCAAGUCCUCCCCAUCCGGUUCGCCGACGACGCGCGCUGCCUGGUUUCCGGAUCCCCCGUCCCGCCGCAUCCGAUCACCCGCCCGGAGUGGAUGAAGGCGCUGGCCCAUGCGCGCUUUGUCCAGGCGUUCAGGAGCGGACGGACGCAGCAGGAGGUCGUGGACGACAUCGAGACCAUCGACCCCCGGAGAGUGGCCCAUACCAAGUGGCAGGGCACCCGACGCGUGCGGUGGCUCCUCGACCCGGAACACAUCGAUCCCUGGGACGCCGAGGCUCUCGUGUUUCGCCUGCUCUUUCGCCGCUCCCGCAAGCACAUGUUGCAGAACAUGGCCGGCUACCCGAUCCGAUCCCGGCGCGACCGCGACAAGCACCCCGCACUCGGCAGCCCAGAGCCGGAACUGGAGACGGAGCAGGGGCCGGAUCCCCCGCGUAAGUGCUCCCGAAAUGGCCAGGCACCAACCCAGCGACCGAUCGAACCCCCUUCCCUCCCCACGGCCAGGGGCGUCGUCUCUUCCUCCACACUGGUGGACUCAGGAACAGGCGGCGUAAAACCUGUCGUCUGUCCCUGGGCCCAGCUCCCUUCUCAUCCCCUGCCCAUUCUGCGCGCCUCUUGCAGCAACAACCGCAUUCCCAUGAUUGCUAUCUACCAAGCCAAACUCCAGUGA